CCUUCCUGCCCCAGGCGCUGGGGAGCAGAGUCCGCUCCUCCACAGGACCAGGGCUCGGCGUCUGUCUAGGCCCACAGCUGCCCUUCCCGGAAUUGCUCCCCACCCACAGCACAGCAGGCUGGGGCUUUCCUGCUGCAGAGGACCCCUGGGGCAGCACCCCCAGCCCAGGGAGAAGAGAGGGGGCAGCUGGCUGUCAGCACUACCACUGUGCAACUGCGGUGACCUCUUCAGGGCAUCAGAGUGGCGGCCUCCCGCUGCAGUGGAGUCUGGACCCCGGGCACCUGCAGGGGACCAGGAGCUCCACAUUUCCUUUGCGGUGAUAUACUGCCCACAGGCAGGCUGAUCUCUUUAACAACAGACAAAGCCCUGAAGGAGACCAGGGAACUCCUGCACCUCGGGCUGCUGCCUCAGGAUGAAUGCAGGUCUUGUGAUGUCUGCUCCCAAAGUCCUGGUGGGAGGUGCAGCUUUUGCCCUAGUUGUGCUCUAUAAAGGGAUAAUUUCUGCUUCCGGAGCCGGAGCUAACACUGGACUAUUCCUCAUCACGAAUGGACUAGCCCAAAGGACAUCAUUUGGAUGAAGAAUUCAAAUCACCCAGUAUAUUGAAAGGUGUAAAUACUAGGAAAAAUUCGACAACUAUAUAACUGAGGAUGCUGAAUGAGCAAGCAAGACAUUUUCCUGAGUAACAUAAAACUGACUGAAAGACCACCCAUAAUUGAUGUGCAGGUGGCUGUUAAUGUAUUUUUGCUGCACCAGGCCAUGGGAAAUAAAAAUAAUGCCACUGUGUUUAUUCUCCUGGGACUUUCUCAAAAUAAGGAGAUUGAAGCCCUCUGCUUUGUACUAUUUUUGUUUUGUUACAUUGCUCUCUGGAUGCAAAAUAUGCUCAUAAUAAUUUCUAUCACAUGCACACAGCUAAUUGACCAACCCAUGUAUUUCUUCCUCAAUUAUCUCUCACUCUCUGACCUUUGCUAUACAUCCACGGUGACACCCAAGCUAAUGAGUGACUUACUGGCAGAAAGGAAAAUUAUUUCCUACAGUAACUGCAUGCUACAGCUCUUCAUCAUUCACUUCCUUGGAGGCAUCGAGAUCUUCAUCCUCAUGGGGAUGGCCUAUGACCGCUAUGUGGCCAUCUGCAGGCCACUGCACUACACUGUAAUCAUGAGCAGGCACAGGUGUAACCGGAUCAUCAUAGCCUGUUGUUCUGGGGGAUUUCUGCACUCUGCCAGUCAGUCCCUCCUCACCAUCUUCCUACCAUUCUGUGGGCCCAAUGAGAUAGACCACUACUUCUGUGAUGUGUACCCUUUGCUGAAAUUGGCCUGCAAGGACACACGCAAUGUUGGUCUCCUGGUGGUUGUUAAUUCAGGCCUGAUUGCAUUGAUGACAUUCAUGAUUUUGAUGGUGUCUUACGUCCUGAUAUUGUGCACCAUUAGGGUGUACCCAGCUGAGAGCCGUUCCAAGGCGCUCUCAACUUGUGGCUGUCACAUCACGGUGGUAGUGCUGUUCUUCGUGCCUGUGCUCUUCAUUUACAUUAGACCAAACAGAACAUUUCCUGCAGACAAAGUGUUUGCUCUUUUCUAUACCAUCAUUGCUCCCAUGUUCAACCCUCUGAUCUACACAUUAAGAAAUGUGGAAAUGAAGGAUGCCAUCAGAAAAAUAUAUGGUCACCAAAAUUGUUUGGGAAGGAAGGAAGUACUGUGUAAGCCAAUUUAGAAUUUUAUUUUAUGGCUCAAUACUAGGUCUAAGAAUUAAAAUGGAAUGAUAUGAAAACAAGAUUACAGAUAGGUAGGAUGAAAAACUUACAAUGUUCUGUUGCACAGUGGAUGACUGCAGUUAAUUUACUGCAUAGUUAAAAAGAGCUAGAAGAGAGGAUUUUGAAUGUUCCUAUCACAAAGAAAGGAUAAAAGUUUGAGGUGAUGGUUAUGAUAAUUAUUCUGAUUCCAUCAUUACACAUUGUACAUGUGUAAUUUAGUCUCACACUCUGUGCAUAAAUAUAUACAAUUAGCAAACAUCAAUUUGUUUAAAGCAUAUACUGCACAUGCCAGAGCCAGCCACCCUCCAAAGUUGAGUCUUUCUAGCAUUUGCUCACACCUCUCCUAAGUGGGUGUUAGCUUUUAUUUUCAUGUUUGUCCUUUCUGGAUUUUCACAUGCUUGCUCACAUUCUCCUUAAUUCUUUAUUUUGAAUGUUACUUAAUUAGUUCAUCUGGUGUUUUGCUUUCCAAUCUAAGUCUGACUUGUUGCUUUUUUGACAUAAACUAGUAGAAAGCCAUAUGGUGAAGUGCAUUAUGCACUUCUGCUCCCAGGAUUUCUGAGAAUACAGAAAACUGAUUUUUCAACUGAUGGUAAGAGAUGAGUGGCGAUUUCAAUUCCUUUCCCUUCUAGCCUUUAUAAACAAUAAUUUAUAUAUACAGCACUUAAAUCUACCUUAACAUAAAGAUUUUUACUUUUCAACUGAAAAAGUUCCUUCUACAAAGACAGUCUCAUUUUAUUCCUCCCCUAAAUGAAUACUACAUCCUAAACCUUCUGGACAAUGUUAAUUUCAGUGCAAGUAUUUCUUCUAGCCCAAGUUCUGAUCUUUCCUGGAUAUUAUAUAACCAAAGAAUUAUAAAAUAUAAGAAAGGAGAAAAUUAAGUGUAGAUAUCUCAAAAAAUGCACAGAUAUGAAAAUGCACAUUGGUACAGCCAUCUUUUCUGACAUCGAUCUUGAGAUUUUAAGGUACCAUCCACGCGUAUAUUUUUGAGCACUUCCCUGGGCCUUCCUAUGCCCUUUCUCUGUGAGCACAUCUCUGCUGUCUCUUUUGUGUGUCCAGACUUUCUCUUUACAUAAUACAUCCAGUCAGAUUAGAUGAAGUCCAUCCAAACAGACUCAUCUAAAGUUGAUUGUCUCUUUAAAGACCCAUUCUCUAGGACAUAUUCUGAGAUACAGAAAUGGGGAAGGCCUUCAACAUAUGAUUUUGGAGGGAAUGGACAUACAGGGUAGAAUGAGUGAGCAUGGAGUGAGCAGGCCUGCCCACCACCAUGGCUCCUUCCUUGUGAAAUACGCUCCGCAAGCAGGCUCAGUGCCGAGUGAGGUAACAUCAUGAUGAAUAGGACAGUCAUAAGGCCAUGGGUUGUUGGGAGAAAUAAAGCAAAUCUAAUUCUAUGAAAGUGUCUUUUUCUCUGUGGAAAAUUCUAUCCCUUUCAUGCUGGGAGAUUUCCAUGGGGUCACCCUGCAAUCCCAGGGCUGAGCAGUCUCCCUGUGGACGAAUGCAUGGUGGAUACUUGAUGUUGGAGACAGGUAGUAGUUUCCAAACCUGCUCACAAUAGUAUUUCCCAUUUCACUGAUAUUCUUUCUUAUUUAUUCAUUUUUAAAAUUGUGUGUGUGUGUGUGUGUGUGUGUGUGUGUGUGUAGUAUUAGAGACUGAAACUAGGGCCUUCAUAUUGAGCUACUUCCUCAGCCAUUUCUUUAUUUAUUGUUUAUAUACUUUUGAGACCGAGUCUCGAUAAGUCACUAAUUUGCCCAGGCAGGGUUCAUACUUGUGACCUUCCUGCCUCAGUCUCCCGGAGCACUGGCCUGUAGGUGUGUACCUCCAUACCAAGUUCCACAUGCUGUUCUUGCACUGUGACAUUGGCACUAUGCUCAUAAAUUGGUGAGGUGUUUGGUCCCCUCCCUGAAGCUUGGGGGGACUUUUAUGACUCCAUCAAGCAAUAUGAUACAGUAGAUGGAAAUUUGUUGACUUUCUCAGUGAGAUAUUUUAAAAACAUGUUCGUUUUCCUUGUUUCUGUGGAGGUCUUCAUGCAUGAAAUCUAUCUUUCUUGGUCCAUACAAAGCUAAACACUGGGGCCAUAAGUAGAAGCUAAAUCUGGGUUUUUCUGGUCCACAAGUGAGCUGAGCUUCCAACCCAAAUCCACAAUCACUCACCAGACUGUGAGUCUGUUUCACCUGCUGACUAGUGAGCUGCCAUCAGCCUUUGGAGUUUUCUCAGCUGAUGCUCUAGACAUGGGGGAGCAGAGACAUUGCUCCUCACUAGAUCCGAAUUCCUGGUACACAGAGCCACAUGCUUUCUGUGAUAGUAGCAGCUAGAUGAAUCUUGGGGGAGAAAAUUUCCAUAUCAUCCAGCCCUGACAAUAGCUCUGAUGCCUGCAACCAUGGCCAUUUUAUAACCACAUCAGUGAAUGAGAGUUGAGAAGAGAUCAGUGCUGCCAUCCACCAAACACAGAGUUUACCUACCAUCACAAAAUCUCUACAGAGGACAGCCUUGGAUGAGUAUUUGUAUGAUGUGAGAAUUUUUAUAUUUUGUCCAAAUUGUCUAUUCAUUUAAAUCUUUAUCAUGCCUUCAAAGACUCAGAACAUGCAAUGAAACUUUUAGCAAUUGCCAAGAAUUGGAAUAUGCGUCUAUGUCUUUAGUAAUCCCUUUGCUUAUACAAAGUAUACAAAGAUAACAAAUACACUGAUCAAAGCUGUGUUAACCGAGAUUUUCCUCAAACCCCAUAUUUUUUUCAGGACAUUUUUUUGGCCUUUAAUGUUAUAGCUUUCUAUUUUCAAGUGUUCAUGUAGAGCUAGAUGUAAAUCAACAUAAUUCAAAAUUUCCUCUCCAGUCAGCUCCACAUGAAGCCACAAGUAUUGACUGAGGGAUGAGAGUUUGGCAGGAAUCUCGUGGACAUUUCUUAAACCUAUCAGUUCAAAUCUCCAAGGUAUUGUUUCAUCUUGAUGAUGUAGCACUGCUAGCAACCCCACACUUAAUAGACAAUGCCAGGACUACAACAGUAAAUUCACAUUUGGUGCUUCUUGGUUUGCUGCUAGAGAUCAAUUAGAACUUAGUAUCACUUCAGGAGCAAUUUCUGCAAAGGGCAAUCGUUAUCUACAGAAGGAUGUAACGCUUUGCUCCAAUACUUUGUUUAUCACUGCUGUGAUUCUCCCAUUAAAGGUUUUGCUAAUGCUCCAUAGUACACACCUACUUGGAUUGCACACUACUUGGGUCUUCUGGAUUGUAAGACUCGCACAACAAAUAGGACUUGUUCACUGUUGGGAGCAAUGCUACAUAAUUCUAGGGAUAAAUCAUUUGGUUAGCCUAGUUCUCUUGCCUACAGCCCAGCUACAGAAUAACUCCAGUUUGGCCUCCGGUCACAACUGAGACUUCAGUG